AUGCCUUCGCCCCAGGAGGCGUCCAACGGCUUCUCCCAGCCCGGUGCUUCAGGCACCUGGCACAAGCCGGAGGAAGAGGUGAAGCUGGUGGAGGCAGGACUGGUGAAGAAGGCCCACCGGGAAAUCUUGGACCACGAGAGGAAGCGGCGGGUGGAGCUGAAAUGCAUGGAGCUGCAGGAGAUGAUGGAGGAACAAGGGUAUUCUGAAGAGGAGAUCCGGCAGAAAGUUGGGACCUUCCGCCAGAUGCUGAUGGAGAAGGAGGGCGUGCUCACGCGGGAAGACCAGCACGGGCGGCACAUAGUGAUAGAAAACCACCACAUGGUGGACGGAGACGAGUAUUCGGGGCAGUACCCAGAGUUCCAGGAGGACUUUUCGCUGCACUGCGACUGCUCCAUGGGCUGCUAUGAAUAUGACAGCAGCCACCGAGAAUACAGGCUGAAGAGGCGGUCCAGCAGCUCCACCUCUCCCCCACCCAAGAAGAAAAAGAAAAAAAAAUCAGGCCACCGCCGGAGCCGCAAAAAAAGGAAGCCUGGAUCAGAACGCAGCGGGGACAGCUGUUCCCCAAUCCGGAAGGAGAAGAGAAAGAAGACUGGGAAGAAGCAUCGGAGAGACAGGUCUGCAUCCGGAUCGCGCAAGAGGAGGAGGCGCAGGUCCAGAAGUCCCAAGAGCAAACGGAAAGAGAAGAACAAAGACAGGAAAAGGUCCCACAGUGAGUCGUCCGCCUGGCGGUCUCACAGGCGCAGCAGCUGCAGCUCCAGGAGUGCCUCCCUCUCUUCGGGUUACAGUGACUACAAAUCGGCGAGCAGACCGAGCCCCAAGUACCACGAGGAUGGUUCAAAGGCCGAGAGCCCCCGAUCCAGCCAGAGCCCAUCCUCCUCGGGUACCGGCCACAGCCGAUCGGCCACGCCGCACCAGAACGGGCACAAGGGUGGUGCCCAGAACGGCCGCCACAGCGCCCUGUCGGAGAAGAAGCAGGAGGAGAAGGAGAAGGAGAAGGGCCACGCCGCGCACCCGAAAACAGGAAAAGAGAGGCACCAUCGGGGGAGGCCCCACAGCUGCUCCCCGGCCCCAGCCAAGCACUCCAGGCACAACUCGGAGCGGAGGAAGAGUCUGUCACGCAGCACUUCCUGGAGCACCAGCUGGUCCCCGUCCAGAUCGCGAUCCCGGUCCCGGGAGAAGAGGUUUGCACGCAGCAGGACUCGCUCUGGGUCCCAGAAAAAGAACACAGGGAGCAGAGAGAAAGACAAUGAGGCACGGACACGUCACAACGACACGGAUGCGACCCGUGCCCGUCGCCGCUCCCGCAGCUACUCCCCCAUCCGAAAAAGAAGGCGCGAUUCUCCCAGCUUUAUGGAGCCCAGGCGAAUAACCAGCGCCCGCAAGCGCCCGAUCCCGUACUACCGGCCCAGCCCAUCCUCUUCCAGCUCGCUGACCAGCUACUCGUACAGCCGCAGCCGGAGCCGGAGCCGCAGCUACGACAGCUACAGCCGCAGCGAGAGCCGGACUCGCAGCCCCAGCUACAGCAGCCGGAGCAGCUCGGAGAGCGCCGGGUUUUGA